AUGGACAUCUACCGUCAUGGCCUGGGCAACAUGAUGCCACGAAACCCGCCCUACCAUCACCACCCGCCUCCUAACGCUCCUCCCCAACUCUACCCGGGCCCUUCCCGCGCUCCUCCUACCAGUCGCGAAGAUCCAGAGAGUGACGGGCCCUCCAAUCGUAUUGCCCACACUCUGACGGCUUGCUGCCGCUGCCGCCAGGGAAAGAAGAUCAACCGUAAUUAUGUCAUUAAGCUGCAAGAAAAGGUGCGCGCCCUUGAGGCCGAGCUACGCCAGUACACCGACGACGACAGCGAGUUCUCCCAUCUCGACGAGGAUAUUGUGCGGCCCGGCGGCCUGGUUCGCCUGAAUGAUACCGACGAGACUCCCCGCUACCUGGGUCCGAGUAGCGGCAUCGCGAUGACACGCUUGCUGGUUCAGGGCGCAAAGCUCUUUACCGACUCGAAGCGAAUCUCCGAGUUGAUUCCCGAAGUUCGAGCGCGGAGGAUGACGCGCAUGCAGUCCAUCGUCAUGACGAGGGAUCGAAAAAAGAGUUAUCCCAUGAUCAGCGCUCACCCUGCCCAGAGCCUGCCGACUAGGCCUAUCGCCAAUAAGCUCGUGGAUGUCUUUUGCCAACGAUGCAAGUGCCCCUCUUCCUCGUUCUCGGCUUAG